UAAAGAUUAUGGCUGAUGAUGGAGGAUCCAAUCCUUGGAGCGUUGGUGAAGAAGGGAGAAAACUGCUAAAUGGUAACAAUCCUCUCCAGUGUAUAUAUUAAUUAGGGAAGCGAUAUGGUUGAACCGCCGGGAGCCCGUCGAUCCCUCCUCUGCUCCCUCCGCCGUGGUCAAGCCCGCGGCUUUUACUCCCGCUGCCUCCUUAUGGAGCCCAAGGUCCUUUGCCUCCUUUCCCCUCUCCCAAAAUUCCUCUGCAUUCCCAAUGCUUGCGAUGACUCCUCCCACCUCCACAUUGUCCUCGACCUUUGCGACUCCCCCAACCUCCACCAUGCCCUCGCUUUCGCUGGCCCCAUUCGGGAGCUCAACGUCGCCUGCUCUUCCUAUUCGAUUCUAGAUUCUAUUCGGGACCAGCCUAUUUCCUUUUUUUAUUUUUGAUUUCAUUUGGUAUUCAUUGAGAAUGUUGCUUGCGAAUCCGAUUCUUUGAAUUACACAAUGUAAAUGCCUCAAAAAAAGGAAAAAAGAAAAAAAAAAACGUCUUGUAUAUGCUGGAAUCGGAAAAAUGUAGCUCGAGCAUCCUUAAUCCUUUUCAUAAGGCCGAGCGACCAAUCUACAAGAGACUUGUGAGAUUCGAAUUGUUGAUUCGUGUUGAGGAAAUUCGAAAGAGUGGAUGAAGCAAGGUAAUAGCAAAAAUACAAAAUGCAAGGUAAAACUAAAACGAGAUAAUGAAGAUUUUUCAGUCCGAUUCUAUACUCGAAAUUGAAUCAAAUAUUUACAAUGAAAAAUGGAAGGUGUUUAAAAUAUGGUGAUGAUAGUGUCUUUUCUUCACCAAUAUUAACAUAACAAAUAUGGAUGAAAAAAAAUAUAAAAUAAAGUAAUAGAGAAUGAUAAAUUGUCGUUUUGAUUACUUUAAGAUGUGAACUGAAAUUAUUGUUGGACAAGUUAUUUUUGAUAUAAAUUAAAUUUAGAAAAACAUCCCAGAUAUUUAUGGCAUACGAUAAAGACGUACUUCGGUAAAACAGCCCAAUUUCUUCUUUUCUUCUUCUUCUUCUUCUGGCGACAUCCGCGAUCAUCCGUGCAGAAAACGCAAGAGAGCUCCCAUGGAUCCAACCGAAAGGGGCUCAUGCCCCGACCUUCCUACGGAUGUUCUCUACGAGAUCGGCAAUCGUCUCGACACCCGCAUGGACGUCCUCCGCUUCCGUAGCGUCUGCUCUUCCUUCCGCUCCGCCAUCCCCGCGCCCCCCCGCCGCGAGGCCUCGCGAUUCCCUCUCCGAAUCCAGCCCGACCUCUUCCUCCGCGCGAGCACGGUCUACGCCCUCGAGACCCCGGACGGGGCCGCCGGCUCCGGCCGCCCGCGGUGGCUGCUGAUGCUCGAGGAGUCGGCGAAGCCCGGGCGUAUGCGGAUCCGCAGCCUCUACUCGCAGCGGAAGAUCGCGCACAUGCUCCACAAGUUCCCGAAGGUACUCGAUUCUCGCCAAUCCCGAAUGGUUGAAAUCUGCAGACAAUUCACGCUCGAGGGUACAACCGGAGGCCUCUUUCAAGGCGUACAGAAAGCAGUGAUGCAUCCGGAUGGCGCAGGUUCUGAUUCAGAUCAAUGUUCGGUUUAUUUCAUUGAUAGAGGUGGGCAAUUAGGUUGUUGGAAAUACGGGGGCGAGAAUUGGAGCUAUUUAGUUGUUGAUGGCCGACGGCGCCGUCGUUUUGUUGAUGGCCGACGACGCCGUCGUUAUGUUGAUGGCCGACGGCGCCGUCGUUAUAGCGACAUCGUGGUUUAUGAUGGCAAAGUCUGGGUCGUCGAUUCUGACGGGCAGAUUUUGCGGCUUCAUACGUCUUUCAGACUUCGAAGUUUCUCACUGCCGAUCUACGACGUUGGUGGUCGCCGCUUCGACUGCUUUUCCUGCUUCUCGAGGCAUUUGGUGGUGUCAGGCGGGGAUCUUUACAUAGUGUGCAGAUACAUUAGCGAUGGUCCGUGUAGCGGUGGCUCGCCGGAAAAGACAAGUCAUUAUGAAGUCUUUAGAUUGGAUCAGCGACGUGCGAGAUGGAAGGAGGUGAGGAGCUUGGGCGAUUCGGCUUUCUUUCUCUGCAACCGCCGCUGCUCGUUCGCCGUCUCGGCGCAGGAGCUCGACGGGCAUGGCGAGGGGAAUUGCAUCUACCGCGCGGAGAUUAAUUGCGUCAACUUUGAGGUUGGGGAAGAGAGCUUUUCGAUUGAGCUGGAUGAGAACAAUCAAGUGUGGUAUGAAAUACUCUCUUUCUCAAAGCCUGCCCACUUUCUGUCUUUCAUUUCAUUGGUUACCCAUAUGUACAACUCAAGCAAAAGUACUUUGCUCAUCAAUUUAGUAAUGCUGUCUGGAAACAUUAAGGAGCUUCUUAGCUACUUGUACUUAAUGCUGCAAACUGUAUACAAGUGUAGCAUGAUUAUGUCCUCAUGACAACUUUUUGCUAAAUCUGCAAUAUGUUAUGAUGAUAUUGAUUUUUGAUACUAGUGUACGUCUUCUUCUGUGCAAACAUAGUAUGUAAGAUGAUUAAAUGACGUGAGUUGGAAUGCCAACUAUUUGAUGGCUUAAAUUUGCCUUUACAA